CUCAAUGCAGAUUGCGUUGGCCAAGCCAGACGUGGGCUGCAAUUGCCUAAGCUUCGCUGUCACGGAUUGGGAUGAUUGACAAACAUGCUACACCGUUACUGAUUGAGAUAUGAGUUGCGUUCUGCUUACAUCGCCUAAUUAGACACGAUCGGGAUGCUCCUAGCUGCUUCACCCCCAGCUCUUUCUUGCGAUAUCGGACAACAGCAACAUCAAAAAGCAUUGUUAUCUCAAUUAUGGGGCACCACCAGCGUCUCUUUAUCUAUUUAUCUCCCACGCUGGCCAUUACCAAAUUCAAUGAGGCUUCUGGGGGUGUCUUGGCGGCCCAGUGACUCCCGACUGGCUGUUGACCCGAGGUCCAACAACCCCAUCGGCCGGAUCCGAUGGAAGGGCAGCCGGCAGGUGGAGAAAAGUCCAACGACGAUCUCAAAUCGUCCAGCGGGGAAGACACACGCCUGCCAGCUUGGCGAUCGAUGCCUGUUCUCUUGCGAUCCUUUGGCUUUGGCACUGCUUCGGUUACAGGAAUCCUAUUCUAGUCCGAAAUGCCCAAGUCCACGCGACAGACGGGCGCCGCCGAUGACCGACCCAUAUGCAAAUGCUUGGACGCCUUUUUAUAAAAUGUCCGCACCGGAGACCAGGGUUCAACGGCGUGAGCCAAGUCUAAUUGAUCAUUACAUGCGGGGACAUCCUGGCUGAUGUCGCGAUCGUUGCAUAGAAUCUUCUACUGCAUGUCUUAGCCAUGCAACCAUACUUCGGCCUACGCGGCGCUCUUUUGAAUCGCGCCAUCAUCUGGCUGGUCGUCUGCCCGGCCUUUGUGUGCUAUGGAUACAACCAGGGAGUAACGGGGGGUCUCCUCACACUGGAGUCGUUUGCGGAGACGUUUCCCCAGAUGAACACCUUGACUACCACUGGGGCCCAGCAGCACUACAACUCCACCAUUCAGGGUAGGCACACUGCUCGCUACUCAUGAAUGCCUC